AUGCCGAGCCGAACUUUGGGUAACUUCUUAAGCAUUGACUUCAACUCUUGCAUGGAAGAUGGAAGUCCUGAUCAAAAGCUCAUAUUUCACUCUCUCACUGAAACUGGUCUUCAACCUUUUCUUGAAGAAGCCGGUCCAAUCCUCCUGGAAGAUGUCAAGGCCUUCUUUCGAAGCGCCUGCAUCAGGGGAAAGUAUAUCGUCUCUACCAUCAGAGACCACACAUUCUGGAUCGAUGAAGCAGAAUUUGCUUCACUAUUCGAUCUACCUUCUGAAGGAUUCUCUGAUUUCCCAACUAUACAGGACCUUGCGGGAUUUGAAACCGCCCAAUACCUAUCGGCCACCCCUUUUCCGGUGGAACACUUUGGGCCUAAAACCCAGCUUGCUAGUCACGAGCGAUGCCUCAUCAGAUCAAAGCAAUUCCUUGAAAGGACUCAGCCGGCCUCCAGCUCCACAGGUGGCCAAAAGAAGAAAACAGCCGAGAAAGCUGCCCCAGCCAAAGCAAAGGCCGAAGGCAAAGGCAAAGAAAAGAUAACUUUCUCAGAACCACCGCAGCAAACAGGAGAUGAGGAGUGGGCCUCUGAGCAAACCGACACAGAGAAGACCGAGGAUGAUAGAACGGUCAAUGAAGACGAUCAUUCGGCCCAGAGCCCCAAUGAUGCCAAACCAAACACCAACCCUGAAACCACCGAGGGUGGAGAAGAGGCUGAUAAAGAAGUCGAUGAUGAAGGCGGCAACACAGAGAGGGAGGAGGCCGAAGAAGCAGAGGCCGAUAGGAUAUCAAGGAAACUCCUUCAAGGCGUUAGAAGAAGAGCCGAGUCGGUUGAAGACCUAUACCUGGAGUGGCACGAGCACCGGUUUGGUACACCGUAUAGAGAAAUCCUACCGGGCCACACAGACGAGCAAUGCAUCCGCAGACUGGAGGAAGUGGAGGACCUGAUGAUGGACAUUACAAACUCCAACACUCUUCAAGAGGUACAACACCGAACUUGUCUCUUGUUACCGAAGGUCCAACUUCGGAAACUAAAAACACGUAUCCGGAACAUUACGGAGGAGCUCAGCACGAUGGAAACGGUGGACACCGUGGCGCCGCGGAUCGACAGGUUUCCGGUCAACUGUCCAACUCCUCCAAGGGAGAAUGCGGCAUUGAUAGAAUCAAGUGAAAAAGCCGAUUCCAAUCUCACCGAGCAAUCACCUCCCCCACAACCGGAAGUCCCCGUUUCAGACUUCACUAAAGAAUGGGAAAGAUACAACAGAAUAGUUGAUUCGGCCCUCAAAUUUGCCGAUGUCACAAGGAAUCUACUGGAUAGUAAUCAAGAACGGUUCUCAGAACUCGGCGAAGGUCUGCGGGAAGAGGCGGUUCAGCGCGAUAAAUGUGUUCAGCGAACUGCAAUUCUGGAGGAAGUGACCUCCGAUUUAAAGAAAGAUUUCGACCGGCUUGAGAAAGAUACAGAUCAACGGUUGACUGCGAUGAGUGCUGAUCUGGUCGGCACGACACUUGACCGGGUCUCCAAACUCGAGAAGACGAAUGUGAAUCUCGUGGCCGAACUGAAAGCACUUUCCGAACAAAUGGCCGAAAUUCUAAGGGUGAAGGUGAACGCGGACGCCGCGGCUAUAGCGGCCGAUGCUGAAACGACUAAAAGGAUCCAGGAUGCGCUGGAUGCCGAAGCAGGCAAAGAUAAAGAGGCACCGCGCUCAUCUCAACUUACCGAUGCGGAAGAGGAAGCCGCGCGAAUUAAAAGAGGAGAGGUCCUGUUCCCAGGAUUCGCUAAAAGAGAAGCCGCUCUAGCAGCGGAAGAUGCUGAGCGGUUGGAAAGGCAAAAACGGAAGCUGGAUGAAUUCGCAGCCGAAAAUAAGAAGAAAAAGGCGACCGCAUCCGCCUCAGCGCCGAAAAAGCGAAGGAAGGAGGCCCCUAAGAAAGUUAAAAUAGCCGAGCUGCUCAGUGAGGUCUCUGAACCGGUCAUCCCGAGUGCAUCGCAGCAGGCCGACCAAGUCGAAGAUGAAGUCGAAGAACAACUGCGCCAAUCAGACUCAAGGCAGUGA